GAGACUCCACGCCUCUACAUCAUGAUGAGUUUCCAGAACAUAUUUAUCACAUUCAAUCAUCAUCGUCACCUUCCAAAUCGCAAAUUCUAUGUACUAAAUUUGUUACAGAACAUAACAGAUCAAAAAGAGAAGAGUUAAAACCGCAAAACUGAAGAGAAAAAGAGGAGAAGAAAUGGGUGUAGACUACUACAAAAUCUUGCAGGUUGAUAAGAAUGCCAAAGACGAAGAAUUGAAGAAGGCUUAUAGAAAACUUGCCAUGAAAUGGCACCCUGAUAAAAACCCAACCAACAAGAAAGAUGCAGAAGCUAAGUUCAAGCAAAUUUCUGAAGCUUAUGAGGUACUUAGUGAUCCUGAAAAGAGAGCAAUCUAUGACCAAUAUGGGGAAGAGGGUUUGAAGGGUCAAGCUCCUCCUACUGAUGCUGGUAGUGGCGGUGGAGCUAGUUUCUAUUCCACAGGAGAUAUUCCUGGAUCGUUUCGGUUCAAUCCGAGGAAUGCGGAUGAGAUUUUUGCUGAGUUUUUUGGAUUCUCAAGCCCAUUUGGUGGCAUGGGUGGAAGAGGUGGCAGUGGUGGCGGUGGCGGCGGCAUGAGAUCUAGGGUCCUUGGUGGAAUGUUUGGUGAUGAUAUGUUUGGAUCUUUUGGGGAAGGAGGAGGAGGAGGAAUGCAUAUGAAUCAUGGUGUACCGAGGAAAGCUGCUGCUAUUGAGAACAAGUUGAGUUGCACUCUUGAGGAGAUAUAUAAAGGAACUACAAAGAAGAUGAAGAUCUCUAGAGAAAUAGCUGAUGCCAGUGGCAAAACCAUGCCAGUGGAAGAGAUAUUGACCAUAAUUGUGAAGCCUGGUUGGAAGAAAGGCACAAAGAUCACCUUCCCAGAAAAGGGCAACGAGCAGCCGAAUGUAACCGCCGCAGAUCUUGUAUUUGUGAUUGACGAAAGGCCGCACAGUGUGUUCAGUCGCGAAGGAAACGACCUGAUUGUGACUCAGAAGAUAUCUCUUGUGGAGGCGUUAACUGGUUAUACAGUGCACCUCACUACACUGGAUGGUAGAAACUUGAGCAUACCAAUAAACAAUGUUAUUCAUCCCAACUAUGAGGAGGUUGUUCCAAAAGAAGGGAUGCCACUUCCUAAGGAUCCAUCAAAGAAGGGGAAUUUGAGGAUAAAGUUUAACAUUAAGUUUCCAAGUCGGCUCACUGAUGAGCAAAAAGUAGGAGUUAGGAAACUCUUGGGUGCAAUCUGAGAUUGAACAUAAAUGGAUUGAGAAUAGUCUAUAGUUGGUGGAAGAUAUGCCACCUGAAAAUAUUAGAUUUACCAAUAAACUUGAAUGUUUUUUUUUUGUACGGGACUUGUUGAAGAAAUUUAAAUAGUUUGAUUAAAUAAAUUUGUCACUGUUAGAUGAUCAA